UCAGAAGUUGCAACAGGGUGUGUAGGCUUAAGAAUAUGUUGUACCUUGAACAAGAGUAGACACAAACUAGGACCCGAAUGAAGUGUUUUAAAAAAAGAGUAAGAUUUUAAGUGUUUUACUUUCAGUGAAACAGUAAAAUUCACCAUAUCUAGAUAGAGAGACUUUAAACACUGCCUUAAAAUGAAUGCCAAAUAGGUCGUCUUGGCAGCUCCUCAAUGAUUUUUUUCUCUUCCCACUCUUGGGGGCCCUAUUUAAAAAUUUGAGCUCCAUCACUCUAAAUAUGUUACUUGAUUCACUGCUUAUAUAUGCUGUAUCUUUUGACAUAUUUGGAAUGUUAUUCAUUUACUUGAUUGCAAUUGAUACUAAAUUUAAAAGCUUCAUUGGUUGUUUUGCUUUAUAUAAUGUGUAUUCCUCAGCAAGUGGUUGUUUAAGUGGAUUCUAUUGUACUAGGAACAAUACACAAGGAUUCAGUUUUAUAAGUAUGUUGAGUGGAUUGUAAGCAAUUUUAUGUAUUAUUUGUAGGUACAUUUAACAGCUUUUUUUAUUCUUUUCAUGUGUAACUUUCAAUACCUGGAAAUAUUUUUUUAAAGUUGAUAACCAAACCUAACAGAUGUUACUUUGCCAGUUGUACUGCUGCUUGCAUAACAGAAUCAAUCGAAAUACGUUUUUCCAGAUAGGCACUGCUGCAGAUUUAAAUAGUGAACAAAAUGUUAUCAUACACUGGAUGUCCAAUGCUUCCUGUUCUGGAGAUAUACUAAAUCCUAGUUUCCAUAUUUGGAAAACCAAUAGAGAGGGACAGUCAUCUGGAACUGUAAACAUAAGUCACCCAGUUAAAAUGCUGCAUGUUUCAAACAGCAGUUCUAUAAGUGAAGACUCCAUGCAUGAAGAACAAAUCUUGGAGUCUGGCUGCCCUUGUGGACUUCAGUUAAAUACAAUUGAAACAACUUUUCCAGUUGCAGCAUUUCAUUUGGUCAAGAAAAAACCUAUGUUAACACUUAAAGAUGCUCCUGCUCUGUGGAAAGCCCCUAAAACUGACUCUGUAUGUGAUGAGGGGGAUGAUCAGAAUGAAGCAGAUUACAGCGAUCCACUUCUACAAAAGCUUGAACAGCUAAAAGAAAUACAACAGCAGAAACAAGAACAGUUGAAGAAGCAACAGAUGGAACAACUUCAAAGGCUUAUGGAAGAGCAAAAGAAACUACUUAUCAUGGUAUCUGGCCAUCAAGGACUCCCUGGAGAAAGCACUUGGUGUCCAAAACAAAAGAUGGAAAAGUCCGUUGGAGGUGAAGACAGUGACGCUGAUCAUUUAUGUUCAAGAAAUGUAGAUUUGUCUGAAAGUCCCAAUGGAAGAAAAUGCUUACAAGCAGCUAACAUAGAGGAAAGGCCUAUUAAAGCUGGGAUUCAGGAGAGGAAACAGACGUUUGAAGAAUUCCUUGAAGAACAGAUACGAUUAGAAGACCAGCGCCUGAAGCAAAAAGAGGAGCAACAGGAAGUAGGAAGGUCAACCUUUCAGAAACUACUGACAAGACGACCCUUUCUGAAACGGGGAGAAGGCUUAACUAGGUUCACUAAUGCCAAAUCUAAAGUAACUAAGUAUAAAGAAAGCAAACUGAUGACUCAGCAAAGUACUUUGGAGGACAGAAAUGUUGUUAAAGUGGACAGACCACAAAUACAGCGGAAAACUGCACCUUUAAGCAAGGAACAGGUUUCUGAGAAUUUUGCUGUGCCCUCUAAAAAAUGUAACCGAGCAGCUAAAACAACAAAUGAUUCUGUCUUCCCUGUUCAGAAGGCCAUAGUACUCAAGAAUCAUAUUGGAAAAAAUAUAUCGCCACCAACAGCGAGACUGCAGACUGAGAAGAAUCUUGGACAGUUCAGGGAUUCUUUCAGAUCAGAAAUCAACAGCAAAUUUGAAAAUAAAGAAAACAUAAUGGAGUUUGCCAGGCCAACUGACAAAUUUUCAGAUACAGAAAAGCCUCAGCUGUCCACAGAAUUUACCAAAACUUUUUCUCUUUCCAAAUCUUCUACAAGUCACCCUGUAAAAGAUCCAGAACUUUCUUUUGAACUUUCAUUCCAAAAUAAGUUGGAAAACUGGGAAAAAGAAAAGGAAAAAGAGAACAUAGAAUUAGAUGAAUUUUUGUUUCUAGAACAGGUUGCUGAUGAAGUAUCUUUCUCGAGUAAUUCCUCAUUUGUACAAAUGUUCUUGGAUCGAGAUCAGCAAAUUUCAAAAGGCCGUAGAAUGUCUUCUACCCCUGUCAAAGCAAUACUGCAGCAGCAGAUGAAUGCCGUAGAUAUUAUAAAUAACAAAAAUAAAAAAGCAGAAAUUAUCUUACAAGGAAAUAAAAAUGACAGGGCAAUUACACAUACAGUCUUGGAUUUGAGGGCAUCUAUUAGACUAAGGGACCAAUUCAAUAAAACAGAUAAUAAAAUAUUUCAGACUUCUUCCACUGCAGCAUCUCCAACUUUAAAAAGCACUGAAUGGAAUGUAAAUGAAGAUAAAGAUGAUGGAAGCAGUGUCAUUACUACAAAGUCUGAGGAGGAACUUGAGACCACCUUAAAAUGUGCAAAUGAAGAUGCUAAAAAGUUCAUUUUGAGCAUCAGAGAAGAUAAUCCAGCAUUCUGUGAUUGCACAGGACCUGUCAAAGACCUCAGUAAAGAAAGCAAGAGUAGGGAUGUUGAUCUUGACUUAUCGGACAAAGAUUAUAGUAGUGAUGAAUCCAAUUUGCUACCAAAUCAGAGUAAUAGCAAAGUGUCUGAAUCUCAAAGAAGUGUUUCAUGUACAAAUAGGAAUAAGGUUGAAUUUGAUGAUGAAAGAACAUGGACUGACGUUCAAGAAAAUGAGAUUCAACAUGAAGCACCCCAAAAUGAUACCAUUAAAGUACCUCCACAAACUGACUAUUACAAUAAAAGUGAAAUGGCUGCCCCAGAUAAAACAAUAAAGAGGAAGGUUGCUUCAAUAAAGAAGGGAGAUGAUUUGCCCAAACAGAGUGUGACAGAUGGUGAUGCAAGUACACCUCCCACAUCAGACCUCAUGAUGAAACUCUUUCCUUCACUGAAGCCUAAACAGAAGCCAGACUCUCAUGCAAGGCAUGAAACCAAAUCAAAUGUGGGACAAGAAGAAGCAGGAGGAGACAUUGUUCGAUCCCGGGUACUCAGAGAGAAGCUUGUUGAAUUGGAAACAGAAAUUGAAAGAUUCAGAGCUGAAAAUGCAUCUCUAACAAAACUCCGUGAAGAACGAGAGAGCUCUUUAGAAAAUCUCAGGAAAGAAAUAGCAGACUUUGAACAGCAGAAAACAAAAGAAUUGGCUCGGAUAGAAGAAGUUAAAAAAGAAGAAAUGAGAAAACUCCAAAAAGACCGUAAAGUUUUUGAAAAAUAUUCCACAGCAGCUAGAGCGAUGCCAGAUAAAAAGGAGCGUGAUGAAAUUCAGGCUUUAAAACAGCAGCUUGCAGACUUGCAGGAAGACUUAAAGCGAAGAGAAGCAAAAUGGUCAACUACUCACGGUCGCCUUAGAAACCAGAUAGAAACCUUAACAAAGGAGAACACUGAGUUAAGGGAAGAGAUCAAAAUCAUGGAAAGAUUUCGUCUAGAAGUUUGGAAGAAAGCAGAAGCUGCUGAAAGCAACAGGAAAGCUGAAAGUUCUGGAAUGAAUCUGAAGAGAGCAGAGUCUAUAAGUCCACCAACUAGAUUUCAAAAAAGCCAGUUUCUGUCUCCAGUUCCUCAAAUAGAAAAGAGUAGCAAGAUGAAUGGGAAAGGUUAUUCACCAGUAAAAGAAAAGCCUUCUAGAAGACCUAAAUCAGCACCUGUUAGUGAUGGGAGUAACUUUGACAAGACCGUGACGACACUAGAAGAUUCCUCUAGGACUUUUAUGAUAGACAUGUCCCCUACUGAAAUAUGUGUGCCAUUAGAGCCCCCUACUCUUGUGUCUACAGGCAGUGAAGAAAUACAGGGAGAAAUUAAUUAUCCUGAUGGAAAGGUUGAAAAGGUUUUAAAAAAUGGCUGUCAUCUUAUAUUUUUCCCUAAUGGAACACGGAAAGAAAUGAGUUCGGAUGGAAAGACCAUAACUGUAACCUUCUUUAAUGGGGAUGUGAAACAAGUUAUGCCUGAUCAAAGAGUGAUUUACUAUUAUGCAGAUGCCCAGACAACUCAUACUACAUACCCUGAUGGGUUAGAGGUCUUGCAUUUCUCAAAUGGGCAAAUAGAAAAGCAUUACCCUGAUGGAAAGAAAGAAAUUACGUUUCCUGACCAAACUAUUAAGAAUUUAUUUACGGAUGGGAGAGAGGAAAGCAUUUUUCCAGAUGGCACUAUUGUUCGUGUGCAAAGAGAUGGAAGCAAAACUAUAGAAUUUAACAAUGGCCAGAGAGAGCUGCAUACGCCACAGUUCAAGAGACGUGAAUAUCCAGAUGGCACUGUCAAGACUGUGUAUGCGAAUGGACACCAGGAAACAAAGUAUGUCUGUGGGAGAGUAAGAGUUAAGGACAAGGAUGGUAAUGUUAUAAUGGACACCAAGUUAUAACAUGACUUAUGAAACUCUUGUAAGCACCUAGCAAAAGUGUAGAAGUGUAUAUUUGUUAAAAAAAAACUUUACCCAAUGUAUAUAUUGUACAUAAUUUUGUUUUUGA